GUUUAAUCUACUCUUUUGGCCUUAUUUAAUUGGAUAAAUAUGACCUUUUUUUUUUAGAAAAGAGGAAUUCUGACAUUUUCAAUAUAAAUUGCGCGAUUCUUUAAAUACAAUAAGUUUUUUCUUUUGUUUAUCUUCAAAAAUGGCUCAAAAGCAUAAGCUUCAUUUUGAUACACUUCAGUUACACGCUGGUCAAUCCCCUGAUCCAACAACAAAUGCAUGCGCCGUUCCAAUUUACGCUACUUCAUCCUUUGUCUUUAAUGAUACACAGCAUGGUGCUGAUGUCUUCGCUCUUCGAACUAGUGGCAAUAUCUACUCAAGAGUGACAAAUCCUACCAAUGCUGUAUUUGAACAACGCAUUGCUGCACUUGAAGGUGGUGUUGCAGCUACCGCUGUUUCGUCAGGUCAAGCAGCUCAGUUUUUGACUAUUGCUACACUUUGUAAAGCAGGUGACAACAUAGUGUCGAGUGUAAGUCUGUAUGGUGGCACCUAUAAUCAAUUCAAAGUGUUGAUGCCUCGCUUGGGUAUCCAUACUCAUUUUGUGCAAAGCAAUGAUCCUGAAGAGUUCCGUAAAGCCAUUGAUGAAAAUACCAAAUUGAUUUAUGUGGAAAGUAUUGGUAAUCCUCAAUUUACAAUUCCUGAUUUUAGAGCAUUGGCUGAUGUUGCGCAUGAAGCGGGUAUUCCUUUUGUGGUUGACAAUACGUUUGGUGCAGGUGGAUAUAUUGUACGACCUAUUGAAUAUGGUGCUGAUAUUGUUGUUCAUUCUACUACUAAAUGGAUUGGCGGUCAUGGCACUACUAUUGGGGGUGUUGUGAUUGAUGCUGGUCGCUUCAAUUGGGAUAAUGGCAAAUUUCCUGAAUUUACAGAACCAUCACCAGGAUACCAUGGACUUCGAUUCUGGAAAGAAUUUGGCAAAGAAGCCUUUAUUACUCGACUUCGAACUGAGUCAUUACGAGACAUUGGUGCUUGUCAAAACCCAUUUGCUUCCUUCUUGUUGCUUCAAGGUCUCGAAACUCUAUCACUUCGUGUUCAGCGUCAUCUGGAUAACACAUUGGUAUUGGCUGAAUGGCUUCAGAAGAGACAGGAUGUUGCUUGGGUGUAUUACCCAGGUCUUAAAGACCAUCCUUCUCAUGCUCUUGCCAAAAAAUACUUGCAUGGCUUUGGUAGUACCUUGACCUUUGGUGUAAAAGGAUCUCUCAAGGUAUUUAUUGAAUCUGUCAAAAUUGCUUCUCAUUUGGCUAAUGUGGGUGAUGCAAAAACACUUGUGAUUGCACCUGCAUUAACCACACAUCAACAAUUGAGUGAUGAAGAACAAGCCUCAACUGGUGUAACAAAGGAUAUGAUUCGAGUUUCCGUAGGAAUAGAGCAUAUUCAAGAUAUUCAAUGGGAUUUCGAUCAAGCAUUAAACAAAGCCAACACAGUUGUGUAAAAUCAACAUGUCGUCAUGAUUUAAACAAACUUAUAAAUUUUAUUCUCCUCCUUUCUUUGUCUUUUCUCUUUUGUUUUGUUUUUUUUUUUUU